AUGAAUGGAAUAAAUAGCCAAAGCGGCAUGCCAGAUAAAAUUAUCUAUUUGCUAAACAAAGGUGCUCCAUUAAAUAACAAUGCUUUGAGAGAAUUCAAAAUAUAUAUUGCUACUGGUAAAAAUCUUUUAGAUUCAACCUUUAUUGACAAUCUAAUUGAGUGUUUCAAAACUUUGGAUAUUAAAAACAAAUCUAAAUUAACUGAUUGUUGCGAAUUUCUACAUAUUUUAUUUGAACAUUUGCUUAAUUUCUCCGAUAGUGGAAGGUACAACGAUUUUCCUUCUACUGUGACUGAUACUACCAAUAAAAUUAACGAAACAUAUUUAUCUAAAAUUUUGGACAAUUUGUUACAAUGCAAUCAUAUUAAUAAAAUCAACUUUAACAAAAACUUUAUUGAUUUCAUCUUAGACAAUUUAGGGAGAAAUUGGAGAUUUUCUGCUCUUUUAGUAAAAAUUUAUAAAGAAGCUUCCAAUUCAAAAAUAUUAAUUUCUUCAUCGAUCAAAUCGCCAUCCAAAUCUUUAAAACUAGGAAAGUUAAUUAGCACUUUAGAUAACUUUCAAACUGCUAAUUUUAUUGUUGAAUUAAUCUCAAACAUUUUCCCCCGUAGAUCACUAUCAAAAACAGGUGUUUUAAUGAAACCAGUUUUCUGGGAACAUGAAUCUGUCAAUGUAAACACAACAGACCCCAAUGAAAUGUUUUUUAACAGUGAACUAUAUCCACAAAGGACAUUACAUGGUUCACGCCAGUGCAUUACUUUUAUUUUAAAUGUAUUUAACGUUGAGAAUUUUACCCAUUUAUACGAAUUUGAAAACAUUUCGUAUUUAACAAAAAAUACGACCACUUCGAAAAGGGCUAAAAAGUUUUGUAAAAAAAAUGGCUAUGUUCAAGUAAUUAACCAAUAUAUUUAUAUUUGGGACUGCGAAUCCAUCUUUAUUAGAAUUAGCAUUGAUGGUACUAAAAUAUAUAAAGAUUUACAAAAUAAUUUGAAAAUUGAAUUGGCUAGAGAUUUCAAUGAAAUUGUUUGGUCAACACAUGUCUUGGCAUUACAAAAUUUAAAAAAUGCAAGCUGUUUCAUACUAACAGCUACUAAUACUGGUUCUGUUACUGGAAUUUUAAAAGCUAUAAAGACAAAGAAAAUUAGUGAAUCUAUUGCUGCCAUUUUUUUAAAUAAUACUGAGUUUGACAAUGAUGAAAAUGACCAAAUAGGUAUUGAACCCUCCGAUGAUAUUGAACAAGAAAAAGAGAAUGUCACUGCAGGGGAAAUGGCACAAAUACACAGUGUCAUUUCUAAUGGUAACAUGAACAAAAACGUUGUUGAGCACAAAGCUAAUGAUGACAAUACCAUCAUUGAGAGUAAACAGCAGUUAUCUACUCCAAAAACUUCAUUAAUAAAAGAUAGUACUUUAAAAUUCACAAAUAUGAAAAAUCGUAAAAAUACCAUUAAGAAAAUGGAUAGGGACCCAAGUUUUGUUGAAAAUUUAAAUUCAAGCUUAAAAGUUGGAAAAGAACCCGUCACUGAUGAUGAGAAUAAUAAUAAUAACGAUAACAAUAACAACAAAGAAAAUGAUAAUAAAAAUCAUAGGAAUAACAAUAUCAGCGAUCAAGAUUCUCCACUAACGAAGAAAAACAAAUUGCAUUCAACUAAAGAUAAAUUUGAAUUGGGCCUAGACUAUUCUCUACCUCUGAUCGACUCCAAUCCACUUAAAGUUUCUAAUAGAGAUCCAUCAUUAAUUAUGACUGGCAUUAAUAAAGCACCAGUUUAUACCAAAAAGAGACCAUCACAACAAAUGUCAUUAAAACAAUUAAAUGGUAUUAGAAUUAAGACCAAUGAAAAAAGAAAAAAGUCACACAAUGCCCUAUCGUCAAAUUAUCACAAGAUUACAAAGAAAACUUUAAAAAAGGACUUGCUAAAGCAUAAAGAUUUAUUCAAAAAUAGCAUAGUUAGAAGCACCACCAGCAGCCCCAUAAUAAGUAAAGAUAACAAAGGUACUGGCGUAAAAAGAGAACUCGCGUUGAGCAAACCACAAGGCUUAGCCCCUGCUGAACUGAUGACAGAAACUUUUGAGAAAGCGAUGGAUAACAAGGGAAGUGAUACCAAAAACAACUGUGAUCAUAAAUCUAUUUUAAGCGAGAACAUUAUUGCUAAUAACAAAGACAGUAAGAAACCAAACAAUAGAAAUGUGGUUAUCGACGUGGGUAGUUCCAGUGAAAAUAUAAGCUUACACAAUGAUGACGAUACUACUGAUAAUAAUGAUGCAGACAAACUACACAAAAAGGCCAUUGAUCCUGAUAAUAAAAUAACGAAAACAGAGAGCGAUAAGUAUAAUAACAUGAACGAAACAACUUUAUUACCAAGCAAUACGUCAAUGUCUCGAUCUGUUAUGCUGAAUGAUAUAGAGAAAGACAAUUUUUUUGUGGAUAAUACGAGUAUUAUUUCACCCACUAUAACUGAGCAAUUACAAUACCAAAUAUACAAUUCCAUUAAAGGAUUCUCUAUUGAGUUAACAAAUAAAAUGAAUAUUAUCAACGAAGAACUAAAUAAGAGGAUCACCAAAGAAUUCUCUAAUAAGUACAUUAACUUAUUCCACCAAUUGCAAGAAAAUUUUGCAAGCGAUGUAAAAGGGAUGAUUGAUUUUAUCAAUGAGAUUCAAGGUAUGUUGCAUCUUCCCGAAAAACAGUUGCUAGAGUGCAUUAAUCAAAAACAAUUUGUUACUAAGAAUACUGUAGGCGACAGUACGAUUGAUAAAAAGGAUGGUUAA